UUGUAACAAUAUGGCCGCUCAGGAAAAUUGAAACGGGCACCUGUUGGCCCACAAAUAUCCGAAAUACUCUUUUUCUGAACCCGAUAAAGUUAAAUAGACGCAGUAGUUUGAUUCGUUGCAAUCUCGUUCAUAAUGACGACCAGUAAAGCUGCAACGCCGGCCAGUGGCCUCGGUAUGGAACCAAUGGAAGAAGAUGAUGAUGACCUUCCAGGCAUGGAUCAUGACGUCCUCACAAAGAGGCUCUACUCCACUGCGCCGAGACAGGCCAGUUUCAACACGAGAGCAAUGAGAUUCACCCGCCCUACCAAGGCUCAGAUCAAACGGAGUGCUAUUCCUAGUGCCCCGAAACUCGAACCUCUGCCCGUUCUUCAGUCCUACCAGGGCCGCAACCAACCGGUAUACAUUCACCGCAUGGCCAAAAAGAAACUGGAGGCAGAAGGCGUUCUCAAAAUAGAAGACAAUGAGCCAAUCACGAAGAAGGUCAAGAGGCCCAGCUCCGUCGAACCACUUGACCGCCCUACAAGUGCAACACCACUUCCAGAGUUGCCGGAGGAUCUUAAACAGAAACAGGAGACUUUGGGAGGUCACGCACCGGCUGGCCUGGUAGCGCUUUCACCGACAAAGGAACCUACGCCACCGUCGCCCGUCAGUAAAAACCACACAAUGGCGGCCACCAUCCCGGCAGCAUCGCUACCAAAAGUUCAAGAAACGUAUCUGGGCGUGUCCGAUCCUGCGGAGAUUAUAAAAAUCAUCCGAGAAAAUCCGAAAGUGGGAUUCUUGUAUCUGAGUCCGGCUGUUCCGAAGUCGUCAGUCAGAUACCAUUAUUACAACCUCAAGGUUGUGAACCAUGAAAACAUCAACAAGUCCGAUUAUCUGACGAUCAGCAUUAAGGGUGCGACGAGGAUGCGAGCAGACGACGAGACGGAGUUUACGCCCCUCGACAGAUGGGAGCAGGAAUAUCUGUAUUUUCAGAAGCUCAGGAAGAUCGGAGCGUUCCGUCUUUUCCGCAAAUGGAAGGCGUUCAGCGUGUGGCGAAAAAACGUGCUCACCAAGAAAGUCGCCAACUGCAAGAAGUCACUCAACGAGAAUUUGUUCAUCGUAAACCCGUCUCUCCGUCCUGCUCUUCUAAACGUUCGCGAGAUGUGCUACAGAAUAAGCGACAUGGGCCUCUGCAAGGUCGAGAAAGGUCACACGUACUCUUUGAGCGAAUUCCGCGAAGCGCAGUUCGAACAAUUAAACGAAGUCGCCGGGCGUUUGACGGAAUUCCGCGAACUGGUGAAAGAAGUCGUCCGGAGCGCCUGCAGGACAGCGCUCUUGGAAGCCGGAUUCACGCCGGACGAUUACUUCUACGACGGCGGUGAGAGUCCGGGGAUGUAUGGCGAGGCACCCGGGACGGCGUCGAGUUAUUUGAUGAAUUCAAAUUACGAUUUGGAUAUUUACGGCGAGGCGCCCGAUAAGAUGACGUACACGGAGCAGGCGAAUAAACGCACGCACUGCAAGAGGCUCACGUGUUUCAUCCGAUUGGCCGACUACCUCAUCGUGAACACGAUGCACGUCCUGGCCGUCAACUCCGUCUCCACGCUCCUCAACUACCUGACCGAGCAGCUCCAGAACACGCCGACGCUGGCGGACAUACAGGCAGACAUGGCGCCGCCGGUGGAGAAUGACGACGAGGAUGACGACGAAAAAGUCGCAAAAACGAAAGAGGAAAAAAUGAAAGAGGAGGACAAGGAAGAGGAUGAAAUUCCCCAGCUUCCACCCCUCUACAUCUCAGAGUUCAUCCUGGAGCCGAUGCAGCUAACCUUCUCCCCCGAUGAGGAUGAAUUCCAUGAGGGCCUACAGGAGGUCAUCAAGCGAUUUCAAGAGGCUGUGCUCUCUGUGGAGAAUUUGGUACCAGAUACAUACUUCGACGCAUUCACCAGGCCAAUCAUCAACAACAAAUUCGAAGAGAAAUCGUGCGGUGACGGACCUAGUCUCAGUACGAUGUUCGAGGACGACCGACAUCUUCAAAACAUCAUCCAGAAUAUCCGUGAGGCUCUCCAGGCCGCAUUCAACGCGGCCAAUCAGUACGCUGACUGCUUCGAGCCGUACAGAGAGUUCUAUCGCGAGAAUGAGGCUCUGGAUUUGGACGCCGUCAAGGCCGCAGACCAUGAUGUGAGUUUCUUCGCUGAGUCGCUCGAUCGCUACCACAAGCAGCACAAAAUGGCGGAGACAAUCAAAGAAAAGCGACCAAUCGGAAUGCUGCUAAUAGACGCCAUCAAGAUGAAGGAUCUUCUCAUUCCGUCGCCCCUCAGGUGCUUGGAUUGUAUCAACGAUCUGUUGCCCGUCCUUGCCAGGAACGAGGUUGACCGCCUGAUCGCCGAGCUCCAGGACGGCCAAUUCAAGUUGGAAUUCACGGCCAGCUCGACCAUAGAGUUUGUGGAGAGUCUGACAUUCUUGGAUCAGAUUCAGGAGAGGAUCGAACCACUGGAGAAAGAGGCGGAUAUCGUCAAAGAGAUGUAUGAGCUUAUCGAACAGUUCACGGUCCCAACCCCGCCCGAGGAUUUCGCCGUUUACCAGACGCUCAGCCCGUCGAUUAUCAACGUGAAGAAUGCUAUUGAUAAGUCACUGACAGAGCGUGAUGCGAACAUCGAUAAGUUCUGUAACAGUUUGGAUAAGGACAUCGCAGAGUUGGCCAAGGAAGUCAAGGAGAUUAAACAAGAAUCACAGAACCCGCUGAUCUUGGACCCGACGGCCGAGAAAAACAAGGUACGGAACAUCCUCACGAAGCUCCUCGUGCAAAUGGAAGACCUCCAAAAGAGGGCGUUCACGUAUAAAUCGUACCAGAAAAAUUUCAAAGUCGAGCAGACGAAGUUUGACGCGCUUGAGGAGGCUCACGCUGAAUUGAAGCUCAAGCAACUCUUAUGGGAAUCUAUCGACGAGUGGGACGUCAUGCUCGAGGAAUGGACAAAUGCUCCGCUCGAAUCGAUCGACGCAGAAACUCUCGGCACCAACACCGUGAAAUACGGCAAGUCCGUCUACCAACUCGAGAAGGGCCUACCGCCAAAUGGGGUGGUCCCGCUCCUGAAAGAACGCGUCGAAAGCAUGAAGGAGAAACUACCCGUAAUCACACAUCUGCGUAACCCGACGCUGAAGUCGCGUCACUGGGAGAUGAUCGAGAGUACGAUCGGGUAUCAUUUUGAUGCCGAGGACCCGCUGUCGCUCGGGAAGCUGAAUGAGCUGGAUGCGUUCAGGCAUACAGAAGCAAUUGAGGAGGUAUCCGCCCAGGCUAGUUCUGAGGCCAGCUUGGAGGCCAUCUUGAGGAAGGUUGAAGACUCGUGGAAGUCGACCGAGUUCAUCGCCCUGCAGCACAAAGAUUCGAAAGACGUCUUCAUCCUCGGCGGAACUGACGACAUCCAGCAGCUCUGGGACGACAGCAACAUCAACAUCGCGACAAUCGCCAGCAGUCGCCACGUCGGACCGAUCAAAUCCCGCGUCGAUGAUUGGGUGAAGCAGCUUGACCUGUUUGGGAAGACUUUGGAUGAGUGGCUGACAUGCCAAAGAAGUUGGCUCUACCUCGAGAGCAUCUUCAGCGCUCCGGAUAUCCAGCGUCAGCUUCCGACGGAGGCGAAAAUGUUCAUGCAGGUCGAUAAGUCCUACAAAGAAGUCAUGCGAAAGGUCAACAAAGUCCCGUUGGCGAUGCGUGCCGCGACGCAGCCUGGGUUGCUCGAGACUUUCCAGAAUAACAACACGCUGUUGGAUCAGAUACAGAAAUGUCUUGAGGCGUAUUUGGAAUCCAAACGAGUCAUUUUCCCGAGGUUCUACUUCUUAUCCAACGAUGAGUUGCUCGAGAUUCUCGCCCAGACGCGUAACCCGCUCGCCGUCCAACCUCACCUCAGGAAAUGUUUCGACGCCAUUGCGAAACUCGAAUUCGGCAUCCAGGCGCCGACGUCUAGCGAGGGAAAAGCUACGCCGGACGCAGAGCAAGAGGUUCAGUACACCAAUGAUAUCCUUGCAAUGAUAUCGCCGGAGAACGAAAAGGUCGGACUCGGAAAGGGUCUCAAAGCCAGAGGUAACGUCGAGGACUGGCUUGGCAAGGUGGAGGAGGCCAUGUUCAACAACCUGCGCCGCCUGGUGAAGGAAGCCAUGAAGGAUUACGAGCGGCGCGAACGCGAGGAGUGGGUCACGUGCCACGCGUCGCAGAUCGUCCUGACGGUCGCGCAGAUGAUGUGGUGUCGGGAUAUCACAGAGAUUCUCGAGGCGGACAUCGACCGUGGACAGGGGAUGGCCGAUUUUGAAAAGAAAUGCUACCAGGACUUGAACAAUCUUGCUGCGAUUGUUAGAGGAGAUCUGGGCAAACUUGUCCGCGGGGUCCUGACCGCACUCAUCACGAUCGAUGUCCAUGGCAGGGACAUGGUGACGGAGAUGGUGAAAAAUAAGGUGGACACCGUGACCAGCUUCGACUGGCAAAAACAGCUCCGGUACUACUGGGAUUACGACAUCGACAACUGCAUGGUCCGUAUGUCAAACUCGAACUACAUCUACGGCUACGAAUACCUCGGCGCGUCGCCACGUCUCGUCAUCACGCCGCUGACGGAUCGUUGCUACCUCUGCCUCAUGGGGGCGCUGCAGCUGGACUUGGGGGGCGCGCCGGCAGGACCUGCUGGGACCGGGAAGACCGAGACGACGAAGGAUUUGGCCAAGUCGCUGGCGAAACAGUGCGUGGUGUUUAACUGCUCCGAUGGUCUGGAUUACAAGAUGAUGGGACGAUUCUUCUCAGGUCUGGCGCAAUCCGGCGCGUGGUGUUGUUUCGACGAAUUCAACCGUAUCGACAUCGAGGUGUUGUCCGUCAUCGCCCAGCAACUCAUAACGAUCCGCAACGCCAAGGCGUCAAAGCUCGCGCGUUUCAUGUUUGAGGGACGCGAGAUCAAACUGAUAUCGAGCUGUGCGGCGUUCAUCACAAUGAAUCCUGGGUACGCCGGAAGGACGGAGUUGCCGGACAACUUGAAAGCACUGUUUAGGCCGAUUUCCAUGAUGGUUCCGGAUUACCGUCUGAUUGCCGAGGUGAUCCUCUACUCGGAAGGUUUCGAAUCCUCAAAGAACCUCGCCCAGAAGAUGACACAGAUGUAUAAGCUCUGCUCCGAGCAACUCUCGCAGCAGGACCAUUACGAUUUCGGCAUGAGGGCCGUGAAGUCGGUACUCGUCAUGGCUGGGUCGUUAAAACGACAGAACCCGGAUAAGAACGAGGACGUGGUGUUGAUCCGUGCGUUGAGGGACAGUAACCUGCCCAAGUUCUUAAAACAGGAUGCUGUGCUCUUCCAGGCCAUCCUGCAAGAUUUAUUCCCCGGCGUCGAAAUCCCUGAACAUGACUACGGCCGCCUUCAGGCCGAGAUCAUCUCCAUAAUGGAGGAGAGAAAGCUCCAACUCGUCAUGCCGAUGAUUAAGAAAAUUAUCCAGCUUUACGAGACGCUCGUCGUCCGCCACGGUGUGAUGUUGGUGGGGCCGACGGGCGGUGGGAAGACCACGGUCUUAGAUAUUUUGGCAAAGACUCUUACCAACCUCCACGCGGAGGGCCUGGCCUCGGAGAACGCCUUCUACCAGCCGGUACACUCCUUCGUCCUGAAUCCCAAAUCCAUCUCGAUGGAUGAGCUCUACGGAGGCGUGAACAAACUGACCCUGGAGUGGCACGACGGGUUAAUGGCGACUACAAUUCGUGGGGCCGUGCAGGAUACGACAGAAGACCACCAGUGGGUGAUCUGCGACGGGCCCGUCGACGCCCUCUGGAUUGAAAAUAUGAACACCGUCCUCGACGACAAUAAAAUGCUGUGCCUCGCCAAUUCCGAACGCAUCAAAUUGACCAAUUACAUCCACAUGUUGUUCGAAGUGCAGGAUCUGGCCGUCGCCUCGCCAGCUACUGUCAGCAGAUGUGGCAUGGUGUACGUUGAUCCCGAUGAACUAAAAUGGAUGCCGUACGUCCAAACCUGGAUGGAAACAAACAUCAAAAAGAAACUGAAGAGCGAGGAAACGCAAGAAUAUAUCAUGGACUUGUUUAAUAAAUAUGUGGAAGAGGGGUUAAAGUUUGUCAACAAGAAAUGCGAACAGGCUAUCAACCAGGUCGAAAUCAGCAAGGUCACCACGCUCUGCAAACUGUUCGAGACGCUACUCUUCGGCCCUGGUGGCCCGAACAUGAACCAAGACCUCAACAAGUUGCACCCGCUCGUCUGCACCGUUUUCGUCUUCUGCUAUCUCUGGUCCAUCGCGGGAAACAUCGCCGACAACUACUUCGACGCCUUCGAUACGUUUCUACGCGGCCAAUUCGACGACAACGGCGACGCCAAGCUGCCACAAGGUGGCGACGUCUGGUCGUGCUUUGUCGAUUUGGAGACGCGCCGCAUGGAAUCUUGGGAAAGGAUCGUCCCGCAUUUCAAAUACAACAAGGAGACACCGUUCUUCGAGAUGCUCGUACCGACGAUGGACACGGUACGAUAUGGGUACCUCCUCGAGAAGAUGCUGACUGCGCAUCGCUCGGUUCUGUUCACAGGUAACACCGGCGUUGGCAAGUCGGUGAUCGCCCGUGGCUUGCUGAACAGCAUCGCUGAUAAGGCUGCGUAUGUGCCCGUCUUCAUCAACUUCUCGGCCCAGACGAGCUCCCAGAGGACACAGGAGAUGAUCGAAGGAAAAUUGGAGAAAAAACGGAAGACCGUCCUGGGGGCGCCUGAGGGCAAACGCGUCAUAAUCUUCGUCGACGAUUUGAACAUGCCCAAACUUGACACGUACGGUUCCCAACCCCCGAUCGAACUUCUCCGACAGUACCAAGACUUUGGCGGCUUCUAUGACCGCGACAAGCUCUUCUGGAAGCAGAUACGCGACAUGACGAUCUGCGCAGCCUGUGCGCCACCUGGCGGCGGCCGUAAUCCGGUCACGCCGCGAAUGAUGCGACAUUUCUCCAUGUUCUGUCUGCCACCGCCGUCCGAACACAGCUUGAAACAUAUGUUUAUGGCCAUUCUCCAAGGUUUCCUCACCGACUUCCCGCACAAGGUCCGCCAGUGCGCCGAGCCGAUCGUAGCGGCCGCCGUUGAGAUCUACGGCAGGAUGAGCACCGAUCUCCUGCCGACACCCGCCAAGUCUCAUUACGUCUUCAAUCUUCGCGAUUUGUCGAAAUGUGUACAAGGCGUCCUCCAAGCCGAUCCCGGCUGCAUCCGCGACAACAAACAAAUAUGGCGGCUCUUCUGCCACGAGGCGCAGCGCGUUUUCCACGAUCGUCUCAUCAACAACGAAGACAAGUUCUUCUUCCAUCAGAUCAUGGCGGAGAUGGCGGGAAAACACUUCGGUGAGUCCAUCGAGCCGGAAUCGUUCGUUACGAACCCAAUCAUUUUUGGCGACUUUAUCAAAAUGGGCGCCAACAAAGAGGAUAAGCUGUACGAGGAGUUGGCGGACAUCAACAAGGUCAAGAGCGUCCUUGUCGAUUACCUCGAUGAUCUGAACAUGUCCUCGUCGAAGGAGAUGCGUCUCGUCUUCUUCAUGGACGCCAUCGAACACGUGUCGCGAAUCGCGAGGAUGAUUCGGCAGCAGCGCGGGAAUGCUCUGUUGGUGGGCGUCGGCGGAACGGGAAAACAAUCUCUGACGAGGCUUGCAGCCCACAUGUGUAACUACAAGUGCUUCCAGAUUGAGCUCUGUCGAGGUUACGAUUAUAACGCCUUCCAUGAAGAUCUGAAAAAGUUAUACGACUUGGCCGCGGCCAAGAAUCAAGAUACCGUUUUCCUCUUCACAGAUACACAAAUCGUCGUAGAGGAAUUCCUAGAAGACAUCAACAACGUCCUUAACUCUGGUGAAGUGCCAAACUUGUUUGAAGCUGAUGAGUUUGAGCGAUUGAUUAUCGCCUGUCGUCCCGCUGCAAAGGAGGCUGGCAUAGCCGAGGGUAACCGAGACGCGAUCUGGGAGUUCUGUGUCAACAGGGUCAGGAACAACCUUCACAUCGUGCUAUGUAUGAGUCCCGUGGGCAGCGCCUUCCGCUCGCGAUGUCGUAUGUUCCCUUCUCUCGUCAACUGUUGUACCAUCGACUGGUUCAUCGAGUGGCCACGAGAGGCGCUGCUCGGCGUGUCGAAGUCGGCGUUUGAACACAUCGAUUUGGGAGCCGAUGAACUCAGGGAGAAAGUCUCCGACAUGUGCGUGGAGAUCCACAUGAGCGUCAGCACAAUGGCCGAACGUUUUUACGCCGAGUUGAAGCGACGCUAUUACACCACACCGACAAGUUACCUUGAAUUGAUCAACCUUUAUUUGAGUAUGCUCGGCGAAAAACGAAAGCAACUGACCACCGCUCGCGACAGAGUCAAAAACGGUCUGACGAAACUCCUCGAGACGAAUGACCUUGUGGACAACAUGCAAGUCGAGCUGGUCGCCCUCGAGCCGGAAUUGAAGAAGAAAUCCGCUGACACGGAAAUCUUGAUGGAGAAACUCGUCGUUGAUCAAGAAAAGGCCGACGCCGUCCGGAAAAUCGUCAAGGAAGACGAGGCGACUGCCAAGGUCAAAGCGGAGGAGACGCAGGCGAUUGCUGACGAUGCGCAGCGCGAUUUAGACGAGGCUCUCCCGGCGCUCGAGGCGGCCAUUAAGGCGCUGGACGCGCUGGAUAAGAACGAUAUUUCUGAGAUCCGUGUGUUUACGAAGCCGCCGGAGUUGGUGCAGACGGUGAUGGAGGCCGUCUGCGUCUUGAUGGGUCAGAAGCCUGAUUGGGCGUCUGCCAAGGUGGUGCUGGGCGACGGACAAUUCUUGAAGAAGCUGAUGGAUUAUGACAAGGACAACAUCGCCCCCGCCAAGCUAAAACAACUCCAGAAGUACAUCAACAACCCGAAGUUUACUGUUGAGUCAGUCGCCAAGGUGUCCAAGGCCUGUAAGUCGCUGUGCAUGUGGGUACGAGCCAUGGAUUUAUACGCCCACGUCUUCAAGACUGUCGAACCCAAGAAAGAGAAACUGAAGACGGCCCAGUCCGAGUUGGACUCCGUCAUGCGACUAUUGAAAGAGAAGCAGGACAAACUCGCCGCCGUCGAAGACCAGAUUGCGAUGUUACAGAAACAAUACGACGACAGCGUGUCGGAGAAACACAAAUUGGAGAAGAAUAUCGCGCAGACGGCAUCGCGAUUGAAACGUGCGUCAAAGUUGACGACUGCUCUUGCUGACGAGCAGGGACGAUGGGAAGAGAAUGUCGUGGAAUUUGAAAAAGAAAUCGGCAACGUCGUCGGCGACGUCUUCAUCGCCGCGGCGUGCGUGGCAUACUACGGCGCAUUCACUAGCGUCUAUCGUCAAGAGCUGAUGGACGGGUGGAUCGAGUAUUGCAGGAAGCUCGGUAUCCCGGUAUCCGGCAACAUUACCCUGGUCAAAGUUUUGGCCGACCCGUUCGAGAUUCGCCAGUGGAAUACGGACGGUCUUCCACGGGAUCAGGUGUCGACGGAGAACGCCAUUUUGGUGACGAGAGGACGCCGUUGGCCGCUUAUGAUUGAUCCUCAGGAACAAGCGAACCGCUGGAUCAGAAACAAGGAAACACGCAACGGCCUCAAGGUCAUCAAACUGACCGACGGCUCCUUCUUACGGACGCUCGAGAACUGCAUCCGUAUCGGAAUGCCGGUGCUGCUCGAGGACAUAGAGGAGCAGUUGGAUCCGGCGCUGGAACCGGUCCUGCUCAAGCAGACGUUCAUUUCGGGCGGCCGAAUGUUGAUCCGUCUGGGAGACAGUGACAUUGAGUAUGAUAAGGACUUCCGAUUCUACAUGACGACCAAGAUGUCAAACCCACACUACUUGCCUGAAGUCUGCAUCAAGGUGACCAUCAUCAACUUCACCGUGACGCUGUCGGGUCUCGAGGACCAGUUGCUCGGGGAUACAGUGCGUCUCGAAAGACCUGAUUUGGAAGAACAGAGGAACCAGCUCAUCGUCCGUAUCAACACCGACAAGAACCAACUGAAGGCAAUCGAGGAUCGUAUCCUAAAAUUGUUGUUUGAAUCCGAGGGCAAUAUUCUCGAUAACGAGGAACUCAUUAAUAUGUUGAACGAGUCCAAGGUGACCUCUGGCGUCAUCAACGAACGUCUCGCCGAAGCCGAAAAGACGGAAGAAAUGAUCACAGUCUCCCGCGAGAAAUAUCGCCCGGUCGCGGCACGCGGCUCCGUCAUGUAUUUCGUGGUCGCAAAUAUGGGCGAGGUGGACCCGAUGUACCAAUUCUCGUUGAAGUAUUUCAAGCAGUUGUUCAGCAAUACGAUCGAUUUGUCUGAGAAGUCGUCGGAUUUGGAAAAACGUCUGGCUAUUCUGCUGGAGCAGACGACACGGGCUGUUUACAAUAACGUCGCACGUGGACUGUUCGAAAAAGAUAAAUUGGUUUUCUCGUUCAUGUUGUGCGGUGACAUCAUGCGGCAGGAGAAACGUAUUUCCGACGUCACGUGGAACUUCUUCCUGCGCGGCGCCGCCGGAAUGGACAAGGUGCGCCCGCCGAAACCGGACGUGGCGUGGCUGACUCAGCAGACGUGGAACACGGCGGUGGAUUUGAGCGAUAAUUUGCCCAUCUUCAAAGGCCUCGAGAAGGACAUCGUGGCGACGCCGAUAUUUGUCAAGAUUGGCGAUUUAGUGAUUCGACCGAACCCCGAGAAGGCUGAUGAAUACGGCCCUGUGCCCCCUGAGCCUAAUUGUGAGCCUGGCAUCCCGACAGAGGAAAAUGGAAAGGUCAAAGGUCAUUGGGAUAAGCGUCUGUCGCAGUUCCAGAAGUUGGUGCUGACGAAAGCUUUCAAAGAAGAAAAGGUCACCCUCGCUGUGACGGACUUCGUCAAAAACAACCUCGGACAAGAGUUCGUCGAAAGUCCCAUCGCUGAUCUGCAUACGUUGUACGCAGACAUGGCAAAGGUGGUGCCGCUGGUGUUCGUCCUCAGUACCGGUUCUGAUCCAAUGGGAGCGUUCCUGAGAUUCGCCAAGGAGAAGAAUUACAGCGAUAAGCUCCAGGCCAUCUCCCUCGGUCAAGGCCAAGGUCCCGUGGCUGAAAAACUAAUGGCAAACGCAGCCAAGUCGGGCGAGUGGGUCUUCCUACAGAAUUGCCACCUCGCCGCAUCGUGGAUGAUCGCCAUGGAAAACACCGUCAAAAACAUGUCGGAAACGCCGAACGAUAUUCACGACGACUAUCGUCUGUUUUUGAGUUCGAUGCCGUCCAAGGCGUUCCCCGUCAGCGUCCUACAGAACAGUGUCAAGGUCACGAAUGAGCCGCCUAAAGGCCUACGAGCGAAUACGCGACGCGCCUUCACGGAAAUGACGCCGAACUUCUUUGAGAAUAACAUUCUCGGCAUCGAAUGGCGUAAGAUCAUCUUUGGCGUCUGCUUCUUCCACGCCAUUAUCCAAGAGCGGAAGAAAUUCGGCCCGCUAGGCUGGAACAUCAAAUACGAAUUCAACGACAGUGACCGCGAAUGCGCUUUGCUUAACAUGCAGAUGUUCUGUUCUGACGGAGCGAUUCCGUGGGACGCGUUGAUUUACAUCACAGGACAGAUUACGUACGGCGGCCGAGUGACAGAUAAUUGGGACCAGCGCUGCCUGAGUACGAUCCUGACGCGCUUCUUUGCCCCGAACACCAUCGAGGAUGGAUACACGUUCUCCGACUCCGGCAUUUAUUACGCACCGAUCGCCGACACCCUCCAGGAGUAUAGGACGUACAUCGAGUCGCUCCCGCUGAUCGACGAUCCAGAGAUCUUCGGCAUGCACGACAAUGCUAAUAUAGCCUUCCAGACACAAGAAACGCUAGCCCUGAUCAACACCAUCCUCGAGGUUCAGCCGCGCAUGUCGUCGGGUGGCGGCGGGAAGUCAAACGAUGACAUCGUUUACGAACUCGCCGAGAGCAUCGAGGCUAAACUCAUGGACAAGCUGAAUAUAGAGAAUGCCCAUGAAGAUAUGUUCGAGCCGGACGAGAAAGGACGGCUAAACUCGCUGACGACGGUGCUGACACAGGAAGUGGAUCGCUUCAACAAACUUCUCAAAGUCAUCAAGAACUCCCUCGAACAACUCAAGAAAGCCAUCAAGGGCUUUGUAGUCAUGAGUGACGUGCUGGAGACCGUCUACCACGCUUUCCUCAACAGCCAGGUCCCGGAGCUCUGGGCAGACGCGGCCUACCCCUCACUCAAACCGCUGGGGAGCUGGGUGACUGAUCUGGUUCUCCGCUGUGCCUUCAUCGACUCAUGGAUCUCCCACGGACCGCCGAAAUCGUUUUGGCUCUCCGGAUUCUUCUUCCCACAAGGUUUCCUGACCGGCACCCUCCAGAAUCACGCUAGAAAAUACAAUCUCCCGAUCGAUCAUUUGUCGUUCGAGUUCCACGUCUUGACGCAGUUCCGUGAUCAAGCAGACGUCGCCGCUGCAAUGGCCGAGCUCAAGUUCGGUGAGGAGUUGGAAAUGGACAAAGAGCUCCCAGCAAUCACCGACGGCGUUUUCGUCCACGGGUUAUUCAUGGAUGGUUUCCGUUGGAACACGGAGACGACCACUGUCGCAGAUUCGCUUCCCGGCGAGAUGAUGGCCGUAUUACCCAUGCUGCACAUGGAGCCGAAAAUCGACUUCGUCCCGGACGAGGCAGAUUAUGUUGCGCCGUUAUACAAGACGGCGCUGAGAGCAGGCACACUCUCUACAACAGGACACUCCACUAACUUUGUCGUGGCCACCCAUCUCCCGUCUGACAGACCUCAGGACUAUUGGAUCGCCAAAGGAUCUGCUCUGCUCUGUCAGCUCAGCGAAUAGAGACGAAUUCGAGACGUUUAAUAGUAUUUUGUCAAAGAUAAACAAUUCUAUCAAAUACGUGGACAUUUCGGUGAGGAAAUACAAGGAUAUUCUUAUAGUGGAGUGGAUUUUCUUAAAAUACGAGAAUUUUGUGGAUUUUCUAAAUAUUUUUGAAUAUUUAAUCGAAUACAGAGACAAUUGGUGUAUUUUCUAAAAUACGGAGGCAUUCAGUGUAUUUUCUAAAAUACGGCGACAUUUUGUGGAUUUACUGAAAUACGGUGACAUUCAGUGUAUUUUCUAAAAUACGGAGACAUUUUGUGGAUUUUCUGAAAUACGGAGACAUUCAGUGUAUUUUCUAAAAUACGGAGACAUUUUGUGGAUUUUCUGAAAUACAUGGACGUUCAAUUGAUUUAAAAAGAGAGAAAAGGGAAGAGACUUGCAUGUUUGAAAAUACAACAUUACCUUUCUAAACAACAAAGACAACAGUGUAUUUUCUAAAAUACGGAGAGAGCGGAUUUUCUGAAAUACAGGAUCAUCAACGGAUUUCGAAAAAAUACACGAGGAAAAAGACUUUGCAACCAAGGACAAUGAACUGUGGAUUUUCUACUAAAUAUUUUGUUAAACGUGAAAUAAAUUUAUGAUUUUUGUUGUACAAUAAAUAGAGUUUAAAUUUAGUGCUCACGUUGAGAUUAACACAUAAACAACAACUACUAGUCUCAGUCCGUCCAGUGUUGAAGAUAUAAUGCUAUACAGUAGAACCUCUCUAUUAAGGACACCCUCGGGACUGACAAAUGCUGUCCUUAAUAGAGAGGUGUCCUGAUUACAGAGGUCAAAUUGAAUGGAAAUAACCAAUUUAGGACCAAAAAUAGUGUCCUUAAUAGAGAGGUUGUCCUCAAUAGAGAGGGUGUCCUUAAUAGAGAGGGUGUCCUUAAUAGAGGGGUGUCCGCUGAGGGAGGUUCUACUGUAGUUUUACUGACAUCAGAUAUAUUUGAUGAACUGUCCAGAGAAAGAACUGUGAUAUGCUCUAGUUUCAUCGAUGUAAGACCAGUUUUAAAUACCAGAUUCCAGCCAGAUAUCGUUAUUAUUAUCAUAAUUAUAUUGCUUAUAAGUACAGUAGAACCUCUCUAUUAAGGACACCCUUGGGCCUGACCUAUGCUGUCCUUAAUAGAGAGGUGUCUUGAUUACAGAGGUCAAAUUCAAUGGAAGUGACAGGUUUGGGACCAAAAUCUGUGUCCCUAUUAGAGAGGGUGUCCUUCAUGGAGAGGUGUCCGCUAAGGGAGGUUCCACUGUAAAUGGUUGUUUGCUUCUGUGACGUCAUAUUCUGGUUUUUCCAUUGAUUCGAUUUUGAAGAAAUCAACUGGUCUUAAAUUGGUGAAACUGGGGUAAUGAGAUUGGAAUGUCUUAUCUUAUAUUGUGAUAUAAGUAAUUGUAAAUAUUUACGAUAUUUUGCUUGCUUUAUAAAUAGAUAUAACCGUUAUUUUGCAUAACUUAUUCCGAUCAAAACCGUCCAGUGCAAGAACAGUAAGUGCCAAGGGUGUAAAUUGCAUAUUAUACAUGGUGUCUCAAAAAACUACUUGACUUCUUCAGAUUUAAUGCCUUUGGAGUUGGGUAUGGAUUUUGGAAACGAUUUUGUCCCAAUCUUCCUCAGUUCUUCAAGAUAUAUCAUUAUUAUUACCGUCCAGUUAUUCGAGGUGGUGAUUGCGGGCUCCCUAGGCUUUUUUCUGUCCCCAGGCAACCAACCUGGGAACCACAAUGCUCGAAUGUACGCAAUGUAUUACAAGACAACUAAUUUAACCCUUAGACCCCUGAAUCCCCAUCACCUUAGCUUUCAUUUGGAACUACAUAUUUGUGACCCACUACAGCAAAAUGAGUCGCAUGUCGCUUCGAGCUUGACAGGUUGAGACGGACUGGUUGUUCAUUUCACUAUUGUCUGCCUCUUGUGAAAUCUGAGCACAUCAAUUUCUUCCAUUGUCUCCUGGUGUCAUUUUAGACUCCUCUUCUGUGAGACAUGCGACCCAUUUUGCUGUGGUGGGUCACAUUUUGGCACAAUUGGUUGAUUUUGGCCUGUUUGAGAUUUAUUUGGUGUACAAAAGUUUAGUUUGUUAAUUUAGCACCAGGUGGCAUCGGUUUUCAAUAUAAGAACAAUGCAACUUACACCAGUUUACUUAACUUAGACCCUCUUCAACUAUACCUACUUAUUUGUGGAAAAUUUACCAAUUUAUACGAAUUUUGAACAUUGUUUCAGGUAGAAACCUUGUGUCUUAAAUUGAGGAACAUCAUAAAAUAUACACCACAGAAUUAUUGUGUGGUAAAAAUAGCCUCAGUCUUGAAAGGGUUAAAAAUGCAUGUUCUGUGAUUAUUUGAAGUCGGCACCCACUUGUAUUAAUUAAGAUGACGUUUUGUAUUUUGACAGCAAAUAAAAUGACUUAUAUCAGA